AUGGCGGCAGUGGACUUCUCAAAUGUCUACUCCGCUACUUACAGCAAUGUCCCGGUGUAUGAGUUCAAGAUUGGCACGGACAGUAUUAUGCGGAGGCGGUCCGAUGAUUGGAUCAAUGCGACACAUAUACUCAAGGUAGCAGGGUUCGACAAGCCGGCGCGAACUCGUAUUCUCGAACGUGAGGUUCAGAAAGGGGUUCAUGAAAAGGUUCAAGGCGGCUAUGGAAAAUAUCAAGGAACAUGGAUUCCUCUGCCAGAAGGUCGCCAGCUGGCCGAGCGCAAUAACAUCAUCGACAAACUCCGGCCUAUAUUUGACUACGUAGCGGGUGAUCGCAGCCCUCCUCCCGCCCCGAAGCAUACAUCGGCAGCGUCAAAGCCAAGGGCAACCAAAAACAACAACAAGAGAGUCCCCAAAGAAGAGGUUUUCACCGCUGUCAACCCACACCGGAGUAUGGGCCCACCAAGCUUUCAUCAUGAGCAAUAUGACAUGAACGCCGGCUUUGACGAAGACGAAUCGCUCGAGCGAGCAACGCUAGAAUCUUCAUCCAUGAUGGCUGAUGAAGAUAUGAUUUCAAUGUCCCAAAAUGGCCCAUACUCGUCUCGAAAACGAAAACGAGGAAUGAACGAAGUAGCUGCAAUGUCACUCGCCGAGCAGGAACAUAUCCUCUAUGGAGACCAGCUCCUGGACUACUUCAUGACCGUCGGCGAUGCUCCAGAGGCGACACGCGUGCCACCUCCGCAACCACCAGCCAACUUUCAGGUGGACCGCGCGAUCGACGAUUCAGGGAAUACUGCGCUGCAUUGGGCAUGUGCAAUGGGUGACCUGGAAAUUGUCAAAGACUUGCUGCGGAGGGGAGCAGAUAUGAGAGCAGCGUCUAUCCACGAUGAGACACCACUAGUGCGCGCUGUGUUAUUUACCAACAACUACGAGAAGAGGACAUUCCCAGCACUUCUGGACCUCCUUCUGGACACGAUCUCUUUCAGGGACUGGUUUGGUGCUACUUUAUUCCACCACAUCGCACAAACGACAAAAAGCAAAGGGAAGUGGAAGAGCUCACGAUACUACUGCGAAGUGGCGCUGGAGAAAUUGCGCACGACGUUCUCCCCAGAGGAAAUUGACUUGCUGCUUUCAUGUCAGGAUUCACUCGGGGAUACCGCUGUUUUGGUCGCUGCACGAAAUGGGGUAUUCCGCUUGGUCGAUUUACUUCUAUCUCGCUGCCCGAGGGCUGGUGAUUUGGUCAAUAAACGAGGUGAAACCGCCUCCAGCAUCAUGCAACGAGCCCAUGCGUCAGAACGAGACAUUCCUCCGCCACCGUCAUCUAUCACCAUGGGAAACGAUCAUAUAGAUGGCGAACAUGGCAUCACUACCGCCUUAGAACCACAAGCCGUCAAUCUACAAAACGACACAUCGCCCGCCACCACACAGCUACUUUCACGAAUUGGCUCCAUCAUGGCAGAAGCGAACAGAAAGCUCGCUUCAAGUUACGGUGCCGCCAAGCCCCAUCAGCAAGAUUCAGACGAUGUCGCCAAUCCAGAAUCAUUAUACGAGCAGCUGGAGCUGGACCGACAGAAAAUCAAGAGACAAUACGAUACACUAGCCGCAAAAGAGGCUGCGGAAGAGUCAAGCGACGUACAGCUGAGCCGAUACGAACAGAUGAGAAGCAAAUACGAAUCCCUUUUAGAACAGAUCCAACGCGCCCGCCUGAAGGGGCGUCUAACUUCAACUCCCGUCCCAGCGCAGGCCGCGACACUGGACCCAUCGUCGACUGAGCAGGAUAAGCUGCUCGCAACCUUCCAGUUAGCGCGCACGCUGUGUUCCGAGCAAAAGACUAGGCGGGUAGCAGUGAAGGAGCUGGCUCAACAGAGGGCUGAUGCUGGCGUCAGUACCAAAUUCGAUGUACAUCGCAAGCUAGUCGCGCUUGCCACUGGCCUCAAGGAAGAAGAGCUUGAUCCGAUGGCCGCGGAGUUGGCCGAGACUCUUGAAUUCGACCGGAUGAACAGUAAAGGUAUUGGCCCUGAGUCCCCGGAAGCAGACCAUAAGGAUUCGGCUUCGAUACCUUACCCCGGUCCAAUAGUAUCGGUGGAUGCUUGA